AUGAUUACGACACCUAAGAAUGUCAAGUCGACUAAAGCAGCUAACAAUUUGACUGAGGAGCAGGCUAAAGGAGCAGAAGGUCCCAUAAUGAAAAACCAACCUGCAUCUCUGAAAACUGGAAAGGCAUCACUGAAGAAACAGGAGUGUCUGGAGCUGGAUCAGCAGAUGGUGGCUUUGGUCUCUAUGGUCAGACACAUCGAGGUCCAACUGAAACAGCAGCAGCAGCAGUCUGUGGGACGCAGCCUCAUCGCCCUCAAUGACAUCAUACAACAGUCUGAGGCGCUGGACCUUGAACUUCAAGACCUGGAGCCACAAAUCCACAACCAGCUCCAGGCGUCGCAGCAGCUCCUGAAGCCCACCCCAGAGGACGUGCCUCCUCAGCUGCUACUGGCUCUGGAGAAAGACCAGCGCAGUCUGAGCCGAGGAUACGAGGCGGCCAAGGCUCUGUCUGAGGGCAUCCUGAAGAGUCUGAAGGAGCAGAGAGACACACACAAGGAGGCAGUAGCGGUCGAGCUCUCGUCUCUGAGCGAUCGGGCGAAGGUUCUGCUCUUGUGGCUUAAACAAACUGAGGCCAAAGUGAGUGAAAACAUGACGGGGACAGAGGAGCCAGCAGGGGGCAGUCCUCUCACACAGCAGCUGCAACUCUGUAAAGAGCUCCAGAACGCUCUGAAACCACGCUCCAAUGACGUCCAGGACCUGGCCUUCGACAUCCAGGUGUUCAUCUCGGAGCGGGCGCAGGACCUGAGCCCUGAGCAGAGCAGAGGGGUCUUAGGACAGCUCCAGCAGCUCCAGAGAGAGCUCCAGCAGACCACUGAUCACAUCCAGGCCUGGUCUACAGCACUGACAACACAGAGAGACACAGAGGAGGAGCAGAGGAGACGAGAGAGGGCCAGAGAGAGAGAGGUGGUGCAGCAGCAGAAGGCAGAGUGCUCUCAGAAAAUGGAAAACCUGGCGAUGUAUUUGGCCGGAGCAGCGAGUCUUUUGGCGAGCCACGUGACAGGAGGACAGACGGGAGACGUGAACGUGCUGCAGGAGAAACAGAGGAAGCUACAGGAAGUACAAAAGGACCUGCAAUCCAAAUCAGAGGGAAUCGCAGAUGCCAUUCGCUCGGUGGAGGAGCUUCUGGCUGAGAAAGGAGACAGUCUGAGUCCAGAGGAGAAGGCCAAACUGCAGGUGGCGCUAGAGAAGAUGAAGGAGCAGUACAGUGCAUUGAACGACACGGCAAACACAUCACUGUCUGAGGUGACCUCUGCCAUCAGCACCACGGUCCAUCAAAACACACAGAGGGCGAAAGCAGAGGAGGAGCUGCAAGAGACUCAGGGGCAGAUAGAUUCACUUUUAAAAGAAUUGUCAAGCCUCGAUCAGCUGGGAGCCAAAGGAACCGGUGGGAAUGGCACUCAAGUCGACUCUAAACUUUUACCACCAGAGGGCGCUGUCAAGUCACAUACAGACAUGCUGCAGAGUGAGUUGCAACAGCUCCAGGCGCAGCAGGCUCAGCUCCUGCAGGUGUCUCAGUCUGUGCGCUCGCUCCUGGAGCAGCCAGACUCUGCUGUUCCCCCCGAAGAAAAGCGCCGCCUCCGAGCCGAGCUGGACCAGCUGCAGGCUCAGCACCAGGACCGGCUACACAACUGUCAGGAGCGCUUGAGGAAGUCCGAGGCCUUGAAGGACGAGCUGACCAAGUUCCUCCAGGAGCACGGAGGCCUAGUGUUGUGGCUGGAUCAGUCCGAACAGGAGCUGAGGUCUCUGGGAGAAGGAGAGACCGACGCCCCAGGGCUCAAGGGGCGAAUGGAGGAGCACAGAAAGCUGUCUGAAGACGUGAUUUGCCACAAAGCCGACCUGCGGUUCGUGUCCAUCUCGGGGCAGAAGGUCCUGGACUCGGUGCAGGGGGCUCUGGAGCAGGUGGGAGGAUCGGACCCUUCUCUGGACUCCACCAAACAACUGGUUACAGACAAACUGCAGGACGCCAACCACAGAUACACAGCACUGCACACGAAGUCCACAGAGCUGAGCGGGCGUCUGUCGGGCCUGUUGGAGCGGUACCAGCAGUACCAGGAUGAGAUGGUGUCUCUGCACUCGUGGCUCAGCGCUCAGGAGCAAAACCAAAGCAUCAACAAAUCCACUGUGGACACGGACCCUCAGAACCUGCAGAACACUCUGAGACAAGUGCAGACGUUGCAGGACGAGAUGGCGGAGCGCUCUGUCCAACUGGAGAAAGUGAAACGAGCCGGACGAGAUUUAGUGAGCACCGAAGAGUCGCCGUGUCUCAAAGCCGUGGACAUUCUCUGUGCUGCAGACGGUUUGGAGAAGCGUUUUGGCUCGCUGUCGUCCUCGGUGUCGGAGCGAGCGGAGCAGCUGCAGACGGCGGUGGCUCAGUCGGUCAGUGUCCAGGAGGGACUGAAGACGCUGCUGUCCUGGUUCGACCAACUGCCCCUGCAGCCGGGACCAGUGCUGCCCACUGCCCAGGCUGUGCAGGAGGCCCUCACCCAGAACCAGAAACUUCGGCAGGAGCUGCUGUCCAGGCAGGGCAGUGUGGACGCCACUCGAGAGGCCGUGUCCCGCCUCCUGCAAAGUUCGGACGCCUCCAUGGCCUCGGGUCUGAAGCGCUCCCUCGACCAGCUCACUCAGAGGUUCUCCGCGGCCCAGGCCUCGCAGGCGGAAAGGGAGGCUGAGCUCAAAGCACUGCUGCCCCGACUGGAGAACCACGAAAGGCUGGGGGCUGACCUCCAGCUCUUCACCCAGAGCCGACAGAAGGCCCUGAGCCCAGUGGGACAGCCCGACCGCAGCGUGGAGGACUACCGCCAGACGAUAGAGGAGGUGAAGUCUGAGCUGGAGCAGGAGUCGGGUCAGCUGAAGUCGUUCUGCAGCCUUGGCUCCGAACUCAGCCAAUCCAGAACAUUCUCCAACACUCAGAGCCUUUUAGACAACGUCAAGGAAGUCUCUGACGAGUUCCACCAACUGGAGACGAGCGUCAACAAGAGGUUUGAUGCGAUCCACGCCUGUGAGGAGCAGUUGCACCAGUUCCGUGGGCUCUCUGGCUCCCUCCACAGGUGGUUGCAGUCGGCGCAGGACCAGCUUCCCGCCAAAGAGACCGGCCUCAACACGGACGGACUUCAGCGGCGAGUUCAGCAGCUCACGGACUUGUUGAACGAUUGGGAAUCUCAGGGAUCUCGAGUUCAGGAGUUGAACAAAAAAGGCUCGGAGCUGGAGACUCUCAUCAUCGACAUCACGGCUCCUCAAACCAAAACCGGUGCUCCUCACAUCAAUGGCUCUUCCGGUCCCGGCAGCCUCAACGGCAUUCACACGUGUAAAGACUUGACGGAGCUGCAGGUGGCAGUGUCGGACGUGAACAGCAGGUUUGAAGGCCUGGGUCUGGAUCUGAAGGAGCGUCUGUCCAAGCAGCGGUCUUCCCUGGAGCUGAGGCAGAAGGCGACCGAGGGCACGGACGAGCUGAAGGGCUGGCUCACCCAGAAGGAGAGCAGCUUCACCCAGACGCAGGUCGCCUCCCCGUCCAAAUCUGAGGCGGUCCGAGCCCAGGCCCAAGAGAACAAGGAGUUACUAUCGGAGCUGGCGGAGCGCACGGUGAAGGUGGAGGAGCUGAAGAGCACUUUGAGGAAACUGAUCGCAGAAAACCCAGACUCUCCAGAGGCCGAGACCUGGAGACAGCAGCUCCAGGACAUCGACUCACGGUGGCAGGCGACCAAUCAGACGGCAGCACAGAGGCAGCAGGAGCUAGAGACCUGCGCUGAUAGGCUGGGCACCUUCUCCUCUGCAGCCAAUCAGCUUGCUCCGUGGCUCCGGGAGAAAGAGCUGAUGAUGAGCGUCCUGGGGCCUCUGAGCAUCGACCCCAACAUGCUCUCCACACAGAAACAGCAAGUGCAGUUUAUGUUGCGUGAGUUCGAGACGCGGCGGCCACAGUUCGAUCAGCUGACUCAGUCGGCAGAGGGCAUCCUGUCCCAGGCGGACGGGGCUCAGGAGGCCUCAGACCUGGGGGAGGUGAGGGCCGAGCUGGGGUCCAUCAGGCAGCAGUGGGACGGACUCACGGACAGACUCUCACAGAGGUCCAGCCACAUCGACCAGGCCCAGGGCACUAGCGAGAGAUUCCAGGCGUUGCUGCGGGAGCUGUCGUCCAGUGUGUCUGCUCUCGGGGAGCAGCUUGACGCCCAGGCCUCUCUGAGCGCUCAGCCUGAAGCCCUGAAGCAGCGGCUGCAGGAGACCGGGCAGAUCCGAUCUGAGCUGGAGCGUCGCAGGGAGGAGCUGGGCGAGGCGGAGCAGCUCUGUCAGGAACUCAGCGCCAUCGUAGUCGAGCCGUACCUGAAGGAGGAGCUCAAAAAGAGGCUGGACAGUGUGAGCGGGCCCCUGAGGAACCUGGAGGAGAGAGCCGCGGACGGCCUGUCGCAGCUGCAGGCGGCACUCUCCUCCACACAGCAGUUCCAGCAGAUGUUCGAGGAGCUGCGGUCGUGGCUGGACAAUCAGGCCGAUCUCAAAGAGGCGUCCAGCGUGGCCAUGCCCUGCCAACCCGAGGCCAUCCGCUCCCUCUUAUCCCACACCGACGACCUCCAGCGGGGCAUAGCCAGUCAGAGAGGCUCCUACGAACUGCUCCAGGCUGAGGGGGCUUCCCUUUUAGCUUCUCUACCAUCCGGAGGUGACGAACGCACUGCUUUACAAUGCCAGCUCUCUGGUUUGAAGCGAGACUGGGAAGGGCUGAACGAAAAGAUCUCAGAGCGGGAAAGUAAACUGAAGAACACGCUAACCAAAGCAGAGGCAUACCAGCGGCACAAGUCUGACUUAGUGCCCUGGUUGUCGGACUGUGAGGAAAGAGACAGAGCCAUCCAGCCCUCGCUUGAGUCAUCGGCGCUGGACGAGUGUCUGCAGAAGGCCAAAGCUUUGGGGAUGGAGAUGGAGAAGAGACAGCCACAUCUGGAGGCCUUCAACACCGCGGCCGACCAGCUGUUAGAGCAGUGCUGCAUCGGUGACGAAGAGGUGCGAGACGAGAAGGCCCAGCUGAACCGCAGAGUGGACCGUCUGGGGGAGAGUGUCCACAGCAGGACGUCCCACCUGGAGGAGCUCUCUGGGAGACUGAGGGAGUUUGAGGAGGGCAGAGCCGCCGUGGAGCGCAGACUGGAGGCCGCCAAACACCAGAUCGAAGUCCAGGAGGCACUGGGACCACAGGCGUGCAGCGCCAAGAGCCUGGAGAGACUGCGCAGCCAGCAGGACAAUCUACGCUCCCUACAGCCUCAGGUGGUCUACCUCAAAGACCUGGCCCAGGGGCUUGUGCAGGACGCUCCGCAGGCUCUGGGGGGCAGCACUGAGGGGGCAGACCGGCUGCAGACACACGCCAAAGAAACAGAGAAGGAGUACGAACAAGUUACUGAGAAGAUCGAGUCGUGCUGCUCGUCUCUGGAGUCACGGCUGCAGGGCGUGGGCCAGGUGCAGUCUCAUGUCCGCGACGUCUUCUCUCGUUUGGCCGACCUGGACGACGAGCUGGACUCCCUCAGCCCCGUGGGGAGGGACGCAGACUCACUGUCGUCUCAGGCCGACGCGCUCAGAGGCCUGCUGUCCCGUCUGGGCGGCUUGCGCUCCGAGCUGGAGGAGCACGCCACACAAUGCUCCGACAUGCUGCACAGAGAGGGGUCAUCACCGGACCUGCUCGCUCUGCGGAGGGAGACGGAGGCGCUGAGUCGACAGGCGGGAAAGCUGAGCGAGCGCGGUCAGGCCCGGUUGGACCAGAUCGAAGACGCCUCUGAACGCGUCCGGGACUUUUACCGCCUGGUGUCCGAGCUGCAAAGCAUGCUGGGAGGAGCGGAGCAGGGUCUGGAGGCGCAGGCCGUGGUGGGCCCCGAGGUGGACACCAUCAAACAGCAGCUGCACGAGUUCAAGGGGGUCUCGCUCAUCCCCUCCGCAGACAUGAGGUAA